CGCCGCGCCCGCCAUGGACGUCCGCCUGUACCCCUCGGCGCCCGCGGUGGGCGCGCGGCCCGGGGCCGAGCCGGCCGGCCUGGCGCCCCUGGACUAUUACCACUGCGGCAAGUUUGAUGGUGACAGUGCCUACGUGGGGAUGAGUGACGGAAACCCGGAGCUCCUAUCAACCAGUCAGACCUACAACAGCCAGAACGAGAGCAACGAAGACUAUGAGAUCCCCCCGAUAACACCUCCCAACCUCCCCGAGCCAUCCCUCCUGCACCUGGGGGACCACGAAGCUGGCUACCACUCGCUGUGCCACGGCCUCGCGCCCAACGGACUGCUCCCUGCCUACUCCUACCAGGCCAUGGACCUCCCCGCCAUCAUGGUAUCGAACAUGCUGGCCCAGGACAGCCACCUGCUGUCAGGCCAGCUGCCCACGAUCCAGGAGAUGGUCCACUCGGAGGUUGCUGCCUACGACUCGAGCCGACCAGGGCCCCUGCUGAGCCGCCCGGCGAUGCUGGCCAGCCACAUGAGCGCCCUCAGCCAGUCCCAGCUCAUUUCUCAGAUGGGCCUCCGGAGCGGCAUCGCCCACAGCUCCCCGUCACCUCCAGGGAGCAAGUCAGCGACCCCCUCUCCCUCCAGUUCAACUCAGGAGGAGGAGUCGGAAGCACAUUUCAAGAUGUCAGGAGAGAAGAGACCCUCGGCUGACCCAGGAAAAAAGGCCAAGAACCCAAAGAAGAAGAAGAAGAAAGACCCCAACGAGCCCCAGAAGCCCGUGUCAGCCUACGCGCUCUUCUUCAGAGACACCCAGGCUGCCAUUAAGGGACAGAACCCCAGCGCCACCUUCGGGGAUGUGUCCAAAAUCGUGGCCUCCAUGUGGGACAGCUUGGGAGAGGAGCAGAAACAGGCCUACAAGAGGAAGACCGAGGCGGCAAAGAAGGACUAUCUGAAGGCUCUGGCCGCCUACAGGGCCAGCCUUGUCUCCAAGAGCUCCCCGGACCCGGGGGAGACCAAGAGCACGCAAGCGAGCCCUCCGGCCAAGAUGCUCCCACCCAAGCAGCCCAUGUAUGCCAUGCCAGGCCUGGCCUCCUUCCUGACUCCAUCGGACCUGCAGGCCUUCCGCAGCGGGGCCUCUCCCGCCAGCCUCGCCCGGACUCUGGGCUCCAAGUCGCUGCUGCCAGGCCUCAGCGCAUCCCCGCCUCCGCCACCCUCCUUCCCGCUCAGUCCCCCGCUGCACCAGCAGCUGCCUCUGCCCCCCCACGCCCAGGGCGCCCUGCUCAGUCCCCCUGUUAGCAUGUCCCCAGCCCCCCAACCCCCUGUCCUGCCCACUCCCAUGGCACUCCAGGUGCAGCUGGCUAUGAGCCCCUCACCUCCAGGGCCACAGGACUUCCCUCACAUCUCCGAGUUCCCCGGCGGCUCCGGCUCCCGCUCCCCUGGCCCGUCCAACCCCACAAGCAGCGGAGACUGGGACAGCAGCUACCCCAGCGGGGAGUGUGGCAUCAGCACCUGCAGCCUGCUCCCCAGGGAUAAAUCGCUCUACCUCACCUAAUCCCGCCUCCCCCUCCUCCCUGAGGCUUGCUGGAAGGGCACUGCUCAGAGCCGGAAGGGCCAACAGCAGAGAAAAGGCCUGGGCAGAAGCAGGGUGACAGAGAAGAGAGAGCAGUGACAUGCCAAUGCCCCAGGGCUGAGACUCUCCCUCGACCUCCCACCAGACCGCAGAGGCAGCCCGCCGCCCGCCGCCAGCCCAGAGAACCUGCAGGAACCUUCCGCCCCCUGACCUGCUUGCUCCAGGGUUACUGUGGCCCC